AUGGCAGACCCGACGGCGCCGCCUGUCGGCUAUCCGCCACCCGGUUACCCACCGCCGGAUGGAUAUGCCUUUGGCUAUCCAGCCCCCCCGGCCUAUGGCCCUCCGCCUGGCUAUCCUCCGCCAGAGUAUAGUUAUCCACCGGCCUACGGAGCCCCACCAAGCUACGGUGCACCGUCGGCGUACGGUUAUGGACCCCCGCCGCCAAGCUACGGACCACCUCCGGAAAGCUACGGCUAUGGGCCCCCGCCAAAAUACGGGGCGCCUCCGAGCUACGGAGCCCCGGCGUAUGGAUCACCGUACGGCGCUUCAGCUUCUUCUUCAGGAUCUGCACCAGGCUAUGGGGCGUUAGACAAGAGCUCCUCAACCUCGGGUGGGCCGAGAAGAGAAAGCUCUGGCAGACCGCAGCAGCGGAGGCAGCCAGGCCGGCCUGAGCCCCGAGGUGAAAAGUCCUCUGGCGGCUCGAAGGGUAAGGAUGGUAAGAAGGGCGGCAAAGGGAAGGGGAAAGACAGAGGAAAAGGAGAUCGAGACAAGGGCGCAGGAAACUCCCAGAAGCAGGGUCAGGACCAAGAAGGUGAGAAGGCCGGCGACGGAGAGGACGACGAAUCCAAGCCGGGCAAGGAGGGUGGCAAGGGCAAAGGCAAGGGAAAGGGAAAGGGAAAGAAGGGCAAGGUCGCGACCAAGAUCGCCUGGGGAGAGCCUUGCUUCGUCGGCCGUCUUCGCAAUUACAACAUUGAGAAGAAGGCAGGCAUCAUCGCCUGCCAAGAGGCCUAUGCCAUCUGCGGUCAGGAGGUCUACGCGUACGGGUCGGUCCUGGAAACUGCGAAAGUAGGUGUCGGGGAUACGCUUGUCUUCUUCAUUCACUGGUCAAGCUGGGGGCAACCACAAGCCUCUUAUGAGCUGCUGAGAAUUGCCGCCAUGAAUGGCAUGGCCCUGAAAGGCACUUUCAAGGCAGCCGAGGCUGACAAGGGUUUCGGCUUCAUCGACUGCCCAGAUGCCAAAGAAUACUUUGGCAGGGACGUGUACGUUAACAAGGAGUUCGCCGCGGGUCUUCAGACGGGGCAGCAGGUAAGCUUCAAUGUGAAGCUGAACAGAGACAUGAUGCCGAACGUCACGGAGGUGGCUCUGGUGGACGAUGAAUGGGAGCCCAGCCCGGGCGACUUGAGCGAGACGAAGGAUGCACCAGACGUGCCGCCUUCGUGGGAGUCGAGUGCCAUUGCUGGUGUCCACAUGUCUGGUUCUCGCCGGGGUGGCACGCCUCAGGCGACCGGCGAGUUCUUCACUGCUGAGUUCAAGACAUACAAUGAAGCAAACGGCUGGGGCUUCGUCGGAUCCGAUGAGCUGCGGGCCAGGUUUGGCUCGGACGUGUUUGCCCACAAUCGGGAGCUUGUCAACGUGCCAGUCAAGGCAGUCGGCGAGAUGAUCUACUUUGAGCUGGGCAUGACAGAGGAUGGCAAGCCACAAGUGCUCAAUGCACAGGCUCCUGGUGCGGUGCCCGUGCCGGUUGCAGCAAUUCCGGUGGCUGCCGAAGAUGGUACCGCAACUUCAGAUGCCGUCCCGGUAGAGGCACCAACCCCAGAGAUUGGGAUAACGGGCGCCGCAUCUGUAUUGGACGCACCGGUGUCGGGAAGUGCCGUUUCGGAAGCACCACAUGCCGUUUCGGCACCAGAUGCAACUCCAACACCACGAAACAACAGCACAGAACCGUCGGGUGAGUUGGCGGAUGCCGCGGUCCCAGUAGACCCCGGACCAGUUCCGAAGAUUUCCGCAAAUGCGGCCGAAGCGGGCUCCUCUGCGGCAGUCACAGCACCAAGCACGACUGCAGAAGAAGUGGAGACAGUGUCAGAGCCCGCCACAAAAAAGCAAAAGACCGAGGAGUCUGAAGGCAAUGGGCGAGCAAUGGUCGUUGACAGCCAAGGCGCCGAAGGGCCCUGA